GAAAUUUAAUAGGAUCCAUGCCUCUCUCAAUCGGCACAUGGUGGAUCGGAGGCGAAGGCGAGAAGUUUUAGUCUUGCUCCGGAAAUUUUGUUUAAUUUUUUGUUUCUAAGUUCAUAUCAUAGUUUGGUUUCUGAAAAGAAUAAUAAUUAAGAACCAAAAGUUUGAAUAUCGAGCUGAUAUUCUAAGCAGCUACUGAAAUGGAAACUGCAACUAGGAAUCGGGAUAAGUCUGUUGUCGUCGACGAAGGGCAGCUUGACUUAUCAUCGUCAUCAUCGGAUUCGACAGUAGGACAUCUGAAAAAGCAGAUUCGGUUGGACGGGGACGAUUCUGAUUCUGAGUCUUGGAGUUCGGAUUUGAACGAUGAAGAAAUUGAUGUGCAGAAAAUAUCCCUUCAGGAAAAAGUGAAACAUGCUGCUGAAGAUCUUCACGAAGAAGUGGAAACUGAGCGCACCACGGAUUGGAGAAAUAAUAUGAACCAGAUGGAAGAGGACAUUAAAAAACUUGACGAGAGGAAAGACUCGGAACGACCGACUGAUUUUAAACUCGAUACAAGUCAGUGGACCGUACUUCCUCCAGUGACAUCGGACUCGGACUCGCCCCAAGCAGGCACGUCCCAAGCUUAUAAGGGGAUAAGCAUGAAGAGUCCCGCAAUCAAGUUUCGAGGUUAUACCGUUCCGACCAAAAAUAAAUUGCACCCGGAAUUUGGUGGACGAUCCAAGGUUGCAGUGAGAGUCAUUCCGAAGGUAGAGGCACUCCCACCAAUGAAUUACUGGGUUUCAAUUCCUACAAAUAUUUAUGCUGAGGAUGAGCCGACGCUUACCCAUAUUCCAUACCUGGGAGAGGAAGUGCUGUCGAAUAAGAAAGAAACGAAGAGAUUUAUAAAACAACUUGUGAACGACACGUAUGAUAGUCAGGUGUAUGGGCUUGAUGAUCUCGACCACGCGGAUCAAUCAAUUAACACGCCAGCGUACACCCCUGCAUAUAAGAUUGAGAGCGAUGAACAGUUUCUGAAACUGGUGAACAAAGUCAUGCAGACUUGUGGCGAACCUGAGGGAGCCUCUCCGAGACUAGAAAUGUUUGAAGCAAUGGUGAAUCUGUAUCAGAUGCGUUGGUCACCGCAAGAAUUGAUGGAUAGAUAUACGAACCUGUGCCAAGAAGCACCUGGCUCCAGCUCGGAACUUCAAAAUUAUGACUUGGCUCCAAACAUUGAUGGACCUGAAGCCCAAUCCAUUUCGAGGAGCAUGGCAAUGAAUACUUAUCAUACUCUGUUUUGCAAGAGAUGUGCCAUGUACAACUGCCCGCAUCAUACACCGGAUGAGCGUGGCGAUAUGCCACCUGAGUCGGAUGAUACCAGUUCUGAAGAGGAUUCAGACGAAGAAGAAGAUAGAAAAAAUUGCGGUACUAAAUGUUAUCGGCUAGGAACUGAGGAAAAGCCAACAUCGUCACGUCGUCUUACUUCUCGUAAGACGACCAAUUGGACUCCGGCGGAGGAAACCCUGUUCAGAUCAAUCCAAAAUUUGUUCAAGAAAGAUUUUUGUUCAAUGGCGGAAAUAAUUAUGACCAAGGAUUGCCAAGAGGUGUUUGAGUUUGCUCAACAACAGAGUUUGCUUGAGGAAAAAAAGGAGUCGAACCCUCCUUGCUCCAGCAGCGGAAAAGUUAAGAAACCAAAGUCCAAGGCUCCAAAAAAACCGAAGAAAGCUAAAGCUCCAUUAAUUGUGGAUUCGCAUGAGAAUAACUACAUCCCAUGCAACCAUUCUGGCGAAUGCUCUUUAUCCAAUCCGGAAUGUUGCUGUGCUAAAUCAACUCUCAACUGCGAAAAAUUCUGCCUUUGCAGCGAAGACUGUUCGAAUCGGUUCCCCGGUUGCAGAUGUAAGGCCCAAUGUUCCACGAAAUUGUGUCCAUGUUUCAUCGCCAGUCGGGAAUGCGAUGCUGAUCUUUGCAAAACUUGUAGCGCUCAUGAACUCGACAAGGAAAAAAUAAAUUGUAAAAAUGUCAACUGUCAGCGAGGAUUUGGCAAAAAGCUCCUGCUGGGCCGAUCUGAUGUCGCUGGCUGGGGCUGCUUCCUUCCCGAAGGUGCAAAUAAAGAUGACUUCAUCGCGGAAUAUUGUGGGGAACGAAUUUCGAAGAAUGAAACUGAGCGUAGGGGAAUCGUCUAUGACACAAAGAAAUGCAGUUUCCUCUUUAAUUUGAAUUCUGAAUAUUCAAUUGAUUCGACUCGAAUUGGAAAUGACAUUCGAUUUGCCAACCACUCUAGCACAAAUCCAAAUUGUUACUCGAAGAUUUUGCGAGUGUAUGGGGAUCAUCGAAUUGCCAUAUUCGCAAAGGACAAAAUCCCACCUGGCGCUGAAUUACUCUUCGAUUAUGGUGCUAAAGGGGACAAGGACCUAUCAAAGCCGAUUUAUGACGAGCAGGUUGAUCCACCGCCGAAAAAAGUAGGAGGGAAGAAGAAGAAGCCUGCAAACAAAGUUGAUAUUGAACCUUCAAAGAAACAACCUGACGCAAAGCCUUGUUAGCAUAAUCAACAUGUGUCUUUAUUUUAAAAUACUGUUGUGUAUUAUUUAUUUUUUUACUAAAAUCACUUGUUUUCCACCGAAAGAUAUUUAUAAGAACAAAUUAUCUACCAGCUUUCACACAGUGAAUGAAUGAUAUUAUAUGACAAUUGUAAUAAAUAAUAAUACACUCUUAA